GUCAACGUCAGUGUCAAAACUGACACUUGCUGUUUUUCAGAGUUUUUUGACCCUUUUGCUGGCAAAAUAAUUAAUUUUUCAUCACAUUUCGGCAAAAUUUGACGUGGUUGCCGAUAAAACCCGUUAUGUUUUCAAAAUUCCAUACAAUUUAAGCACUUUUGUUAUAAAAAUUAUAAUCUACUAUAAUAAAAUAUACGUAACCAAGGAAACACCGGUCAUCAACACAUCAAAACAUGGCGUUUAAAGUGGCAUAUUUUGCAUUUCUUAUAGUUUUUAACUUAUUAUUUAUUGUGUCUCAUGGACAAAAAGUGGUGGACCUGGACGAGGACAACUGGAGCCAAAUACUACAAGGCGAAUGGAUGGUCGAAUUCUUUGCUCCCUGGUGUCCGGCUUGCAAGUCUUUGGAGUCCAGAUGGAAGGAAUUUGCCCGAUCAGGACCUGCAUUAGGAAUAAAAGUUGGGGCUGUAGAUGUAACAGCAUCCCCUGGACUUAGCGGUCGAUUUAUGGUCACUGCCUUACCCACAAUAUAUCAUGUGCUCAAUGGCCAGUUCAGACAAUACAAAGGGGCUCGCGAUGUCGACUCAUUCAGUCUUUUUAUAGAAGACAGAAAAUGGGAGGUUGUUGAACCUGUUUCAAGCUGGAAGGCUCCCAAUUCCCUUCAAAUGAGUGUGAUCGCUUCAUUCUUUAAAAUGUCUCAGACAUUAAGACAAAUUCAUAGCACCUUUACUAAUGAAUAUGGCUGGCCCACUGCAGUGUCUUAUUUGAUUUUUGCUGUGGCAACUAUCAUUUUGGGUGCCUGUCUUGGCUUGAUUUUAGUAUGUGCCAUUGAUCUUAUUUUCCCCCAAAAACCUUCAAGCACAGGUAAAGGUUCUGGGGAUCAAAAGGAUAAGGAAAGUGAUAAUGAACUGAAUGAUGAGGAUAUUAAAGAUGACUUGCUGGAUCAAGAGGAGUUAGACUCAGAAGCAGCCGAGGGCUCCCAGAACUCACAAACUGAAUCAGAAGGCAGCCAAAAGGAGGAAUUGGACUCGGAUAAGGCAGAUAAACCAAGAAAACGUAAAACUAAAAGACUUGAUAUGUGAUAUAAGUAGGAAUCACAUGAAAUUCACCAGUCUUACUUACAGGCCUGUUAAUAUUUAAAUGAUAAUUUAUUGUUUUUAUAAUAUUUUUUAUAAUAAAUUAUAACAUAUAUUAAUGAAA